UCAAAAAGCCCAAACGACAAUGGGCACACCCACACAGCAAGUCAGGACUGCAAAUGAGAAAAUGGAAAUGGACAAAUGAGAAAGGAAAGCCUUCUUCCAAAGUAUGGAUUUAGAAAGUGCUCUUACCGAUGUAGGAUCCCAAAAGAAUGAAAUAGUGCUCUUUGAAAAAAGACCACGACAGUAGGGUAUCGGCUGAGACAGCCAUGGGCACACACGCUUCUUCCUUUGCGUCGGACACCAGCUUUGCACAACAAUACCUUCUGAUGAUUGAGCCGCAGCUGUGUUUAUGUUUUUGUCGCUCGCAAGAAGGUUUUCGCACGAGAAGCCCUGCCCCAAGGCACCCCCAACCACCACCAUUGUGAUUGGAGGUGAAGCAUCCAGACCCUACAGCAUGCUACGCCAAAUUGAGACGUCUAGAGGUGUGCUUUCCGUCAUCUCGUUACCAAAUGUGUUGCUAUGGUAAAGGCAAACUCGCUGAGCGCUAAAUUGCUGGUCAGAACGCUGCCAGUGCUCAGCCCUGUGAGAAGGCCACAGCAGAACAGCAGCCACCCCACUAGCAAUUCUCGCAGGGCAAUCCCUUCUAGUCGCCGCGCAAUUGCAAUAGCGAUGAUCUCCGCAGGGCUGGAGGCUUCCCAGCAAGAUGAGUUGAAGAGUUGUGCGAAAACCACGGAAAACACCACGGCAGCUGCAGGACCUUGAAGCAUUCGAUACAAAUCCUUCAGGGGAACCAUGGGGGAUGUCCUAAUGUUAGGAACGUUCGCACCACAGAAUACACAGAAGACGACGGCCAGCCGUGAAUGUACGCACUACCUUGUGAUAACGAGAAUGGCGACAGCGAGAAGAGUGAAAGGAAAGAUGAAUGGGAGCGAGAGAGUGGGAAAAUCCCACCGCGCCUCCGAUACUCCAAAGAUGUCAUCAACCUUGAUAGCGAGUGAUUCGGAUAAGGAGAGCUUGCCAAAGCUACCCAACGACACCUGUCAAAAAAGGAGAAUGAAACUUCCCAUCUUCAGCGCGCCUUGGUCGCCCUACCUCCAACAGCAUCGCCUCGCUCUCAGGAGCUGGGAGAAGGUGGGGCGUCACACCGAAGACGCAUAAAGCAGCUGCUAGUGCUCCAACGCACAGCUGCAUGCGGUUCCGUUGGAGCUUGUGCGUCUGCUUGAAGGAUCUCUGAAAACACCGGACAGAUAGAUAUAGAUAGACGUAUACGGACCUGCUCGCAACUACUGCAAAUCUUGUCUUUACUUGAUCGACGCCUAAGAGUUCUGCUGUGCCAAGCGCUCUUUCGGCUUCCUCGUCAGAGAGUAUAAUAGGCAUGCGGCUGCCGUAUGCCUGACGCAUUGCGUCCUUGCGAUGCCAUUCCCGUAGCCUCUUCUCCAGACUCCCCUGCUCCUCGUCGGGGAAUACAGGGGUUUGCAGCCUGACGUUCCUAGUGUCCCUCCUCAAUCCCGCACCCUGCUUCAUGCCAUCGGCAGCAACUGUCGACUGCCAUAUCGAGGGGCCAGGGUACGUCAUCGACGUAGGCCGGGCGAGGGAAAGCGGGGCGACACAACGACUUUCACCAGAGUCAGCGGCCACUUUGACUUCAAACAGCGAAGCCACUGAGAUGGCGCUCUCGGAAGAGGCUACAUGCACGCAGACACUCAUUGGACACAUAAUCGCUCCUUGUGUCUUCUAGUGUCCUACCUCUGCUCCGCGACGCCUGGGUGUUGGCGCAAGACUUGCUGUGAUGACAAUUGGAUUGAUCACAUGCGACACAUCCUCUCAGCACCCAUAGGGCACGCUGGACUGGCAAACACUCAUUGGGAGCGAAGGAGCCAAUAUAGUCACUCCCCAAGGGCGUUUCGUCGGUCGAGGGACUGCUCAUUGCCAGUGCAAACGGCCAUUGUGCCGUCAGCUGCUCUGUGUCCAGUUCAGGGAAAUUUGGCGUUGGUAGGCUGUCCUCCAGCUGAUGGUUGUAGCCUGCCACAAUGCAUGAGGGGUGCGAGACAAAGUGUCAUCGCCUUGGCUGCCUUCUUGUUUGUUCACUCCUCCUUACCUAAGCCCAAUGGCAAGUCAACCCGGGGGCAAUCUUGGGUUUUCGGUGCGUUCUCUUCCUCCCGGAAAUCGCCGUCGCUCCCUUCUGCUAUGCGCUGAUCUAUCGUACAUGCACCUGGGGAUCUGUCGUUUUUGCACCUGGGAUGUACAAUCGGAAUACGAGUGAUCGGUCGCUCGGACCCACUCUGUAUCGUCAUGGAUGUCGCAGUCCGCGUAGAAGGCGUGUCUCUGUUCGGAAAAUGUGUCAUUCCGCCAGCCAUGUCCAUCGGAUACCGACCUCCCUCAGAUAAUGAGUCCGAGUGAAUGGAGCCAUCGUCUGAUCCCUCAUCGUUGUUGAACGGGCCCUCACUGGAACUCGGGGGAUCCUCACUCAGACGAAGAAGGAAGCGGGUGGCUAUGAGUGCGGCAAAAGUGCCUAUGAUACCUCCACCAAUGAGGCUGAGCUUGACGUCAACCAAUGAGAGCAAGGCUGCUGGCAGGGUGGUACCAAGGGACGAGAAGAGCAACACGGGGAUAACCAUGCUCUGACAGAAUGCAGCGGAUGAUGCAUCAACACAAUGGCGAAGAACGACGAUGGGAGACACCUGUGGAAAGGAGACAGGGUCAAACAU